AUGUUCCUUCCCAUUGCAUCGUCGCUCGCCCAGGCAUCCCAGGCAGCACACCCUCAUACCUCUUGCCCGUUUCCUUCACCACCCGUGGACCUCACCUUCCUCCACCACUACCUAGACCCUGGAGUUCGGACUCAAGCAUGUCCCAUGCAGCAGCCCAGGGCAGCAGGAGUCCUUGACCUAGACCCCCAUGGGCCUGCCUUUCUCCCUCUCUCUUUCUCUCUGUCUCUGAACUUCUGUACUGCACCUCUGACGCUCUUCUUCUGUGUCGACGACCACCACUAA